AGGAAUUUUUGCAACUUUUCCCCAACAUCCAAAUUUUACAUAAUGUGAUGUGCAUACAUGAAACAUUAAAAAAGUGAACAUAAAUGUUAACAUAAAUGUUUCAGGAAGUUGAUCCUUAUGGGUGCAGCAGUGGAGCUGUGGCUCCCGCUUCAGUGUAACCUACUUACUAUAUCAGUCUUCUUCCUUUUUUUUUUUUUUUCUCAGCCCAGUUUUUCCCGAACACCGACGCAAAGGGCUUUUCUUUAGCUUCUGGAACACAGACCCGACCAUGCAGGCGCCGUCCUAAAGUCACUCACCUCCUGCAGACAUGCCCGGGUCAUUAUAUGAAACCUCCAAUCUGGAGCGAGGCGGCAACAACAGGAAGAAGAAGAUAGAGGAGUUCUCUAGGUCUUCUCGGGAGAAACUUGUGCAGUCGAAGAACAAGAUGUUUUCCAAAUUUACCUCUAUUCUCCAGCACGCUGUAGAAGCGCUUGCCCCAUCGCUGCCACUGCAGGAGGACUUUGUCUAUCACUGGAAGGCCAUCACACACUAUUACAUUGAGACUUCAGACGACAAAGCUCCCGUCACAGACACCAAUAUCCCCUCCCACCUGGAGCAGAUGCUGGACAUCCUGACCCAGGAGGAAGCAGAGCGGGAGUCGGGGGAGACGGGCCCCUGCAUGGAGUACCUCUUGCACCACAAGAUCCUGGAGACCCUCUACACUUUGGGCAAGGCAGAUUGUCCUCCAGGAAUGAAGCAACAAGUUCUGACCUUCUACACCAAGCUGCUGGCACACAUCCGUCAGCCUCUUCUGCCUCACAUCAACGUCCACAGACCUGUACAGAAACUUAUCCGACUGUGUGGGGAGGUUCUGGCAGCGCCCACAGAGAACGAGGAGAUCCAGUUCCUUUGUAUCGUCUGUGCCAAGCUGAAGCAGGACCCGUACCUCGUCAACUUCUUUCUCGAGGUGAGUUUUGUGAACUUUAAGACUAUGAAGGAGGAGACGUGUUCGUUCUCUGAGUCGCUUUUGAAACGUUUGCAGAACAAGUCAAAGAGGCCGGAGAACUACAGCUUGGCGGGGACGGACGGCGGGAAGGAGAGCGCCUUGGCUCCAGAUACGGGCCAGUCUCCAGCAGACGAACAUGCCGAGGAACCGCAAACCGCAGCUGCUGGUUCCACGUGCAGCCCAGCCAGCAACACAAAUAACUACAACCUGGUCACAUCACUGCUCAACCUCACCAAGAGUCCUGACGGCAGGAUUGUGGUGAAGGCCUGCGAGGGUUUGAUGCUGCUGGUUAGUUUACCAGAACCAGCUGCUGCCAAGUGUUUGACAGAAAACACAGAGCUCUGUAAUCUUCUGACCGACAGGCUGGUCUCCUUUUACAAAGCUCUGCCGCAGUCCAUGGACCCCUUAGACAUCGAGACAGUCGAGUCUGUGAACUGGGGUCUGGAUGUUUAUAACCUGAAGGAAGACGCUGCCAUCUUCACGGGGAAAAGAGCUCUCAUCUCAUUUCUGUCGUGGUUGGAUUACUGUGAUCAGCUGAUCAAGGAGGCUCAGAAGUCAGCAGCCAUAGUGAUGGCGAAAGCUGUAAAAGAGCGAUUCUUUAUGGCGGUGAUGGAGCCGCAGCUCAUGCAGACGUCUGAGGUGGGCAUCCUGACCUCCACCGCCCUGCUGAACAGGAUCAUACGGCAGGUGACGUCAGACGCGCUGCUGCAGGAGAUGGUGUACUUCCUGCUGGGAGAGGCUACGGAACCCGAAACUGCAGCCAAGAUGGCGCAGAAUCAGCUGCGGCACCGACUCAUCGAGCACUGCGACCACCUGUCAGACGAGAUCAGCAUCAUGACGCUGCGCCUGUUCGAACACCUGAUCCAGAAGCCCAACCAGCACAUCCUUCACAGUCUGGUGCUGCGCAGCCUGGAGGAGAGGAACUACCUGGAAAACAAACCCCAGGAGGAGCGCGAGCCUCUGGAGAACGGCCAGCCUCAUGACGCUGUAGACCUGGAGGAGGAUCCGCUCUUCGCCGAUGACCUCUCACCAGACAGCCGGCUCGCCUCCGAGUGGAUCAGCUCCUCUCCCCCUCUGAGUCCAGAGCACUCUAAGGGUGACGGGAAAACCGAAGUCCACAAGAUCGUCAACAGCUUCCUGUGUUUGGUUCCCGAUGAGGCCAAAUCCUCGUAUCACGUGGAAGGAACCGGAUACGACACCUACCUCAGAGACGCACACCGACAGUUCAGGGACUACUGUGGGAUCUGCCAGCGGUGGGACUGGAGAGGACACCCCAAACCCCUAGAGAAAUGUAACCUGGACGCCCCAUUUUUUGAGGGUCACUUCCUGAAGGUUCUCUUUGACAGAAUGGGACGGAUUCUGGAUCAGCCCUAUGACGUGAACUUGCAGGUGACGGCGGUGCUGUCCAAGCUGUCUUUGUUACCACACCCACACCUGCACGAAUACUUGCUGGACCCUUACAUAAACCUGGCCCCCGGCUGCAGGUCCCUGUUUUCGGUCAUCGUCAGGGUUGUUGGAGACCUCAUGUUGAGGAUUCACCGUAUUCCUGACUUCACACCCAAACUGCUGCUGGUGAGGAAGAGGCUGUUGGGCUUGGAGCCAGAGGGCAUCACGGUCGACCAUGUGACGCUCCUGGAGGGGGUGAUUGUCCUGGAGGAGUUCUGCAAAGAGCUGGCAGCCAUCGCUUUUGUCAAGUUCCACGCCGCUACCGCAUCUUCGCCCUGACCUCCUCUCUGUGGGGAUAACCAGGACGUUGGGCUUUGGUGGGACGGGAGGCACAUCGUUUUCUAAGUAUUACCACUUCACCGGGGCGGGUUGCUAGACUGUUAAAGCCCCCCGUGAUCCACCGUGAAGACCUGGUCUGGUUUUUCAGGAAACCGUCCUGCCCGAGGAGGACUGAGGUCAAAGUAAAGAGGCUCAUGGGAUUUCUCUUACUGCCCCCCUCCAUUCUGUAUUUAUUUUCUGUCUCUUCACCAUCAGUCUGUAAAUGUGUGGAAUUGCACCUUCAGUUACAGCAAAUCUGUGCAUUUUUAUCAGAGAACGCCAUCCGAGCCUGCACUUACCCAGAAUGCAGUUCAGUAUUUAUGAUACUGAAACUCAUUUUAAAUGCCAAGUCCUCUUAUUUAAUUCUUUGCUUCCAUGUUGCCUUGUUUUAACUGUUGUACUACAGUUUCAUUUAGUUUGAAAUGCGAUCAAAGCUCACGUUUAUCCCUCGCUGCCCAAAGAUGCCACGUGGUGGUAUCUGGAGAUGGACUUCAGCGUUACAUACGUGUUCAUGGUGGGAGAUGUUCUGCAGCGUUCCUCUACACAUGUUCUCAGUAACUUAUUUAUUUGAAAAGCAGCUUCACGCCACAUUUCCUAUCAACCCUCACAGCUCCUACUUUACAAAAAAAGUCUUAAAGACAAAUGAGUAUUCAACGCCGGAGCAUCUCCAGACCUGAACCGGUGCAGUAUUCUGGUUUCAUUGUGGUUCAAUGAAAGUGUCCCGCUGGUUCUGUGGACCCGGGUUGCUGUUUGGCUUUGAUCUUUAAUCAUAUCAUUACUGGGACUUUGAAGAUCCAGUUUCAGCUUUGUUUGUUUUUCUUCAUUGUUGCUUCUCAGGCUCCGCCCACACCUCCUCACCAUCGCUCCUCAUUAUGCAAUAGUCAGUAAUGACUCUUCGUUUGCACAUCGUCAUCAUGUUUGUCUUCAUAAACCAAAAAGAAAUUUG